AUGGUUGCAAGGGGCCCACCACCUGAGGGGGGCCCCCCGGGGGGCCCCCCUGCUGAGCAGGGGAGCGGUGGCGCUGCUGCACCUUCUGCUGCUGCUGCUGCUGCUGCUGCUGCUGCUGUUUCAGGAGCAGCAGCAGCAGCAAGACAAAGCGUUUUGCAGGUAGGAGCUAUAAGAAUAGGUGGUAGUCAUAUAGAUCCAACAGCAGCAACAGCAGCAACAGCAGCAGCAGCAACAGCAGCAACUGCAGCAACAGCAACAGCAGCAGCAACAGCAGCAACUGCUGCUGUUGCUGGAGCAGCAGCAGCAGCAAGAAAGAGUAUACUAACGCAGUAUAGAAAUAGCUUAAGCAAUUCAGACACGGCAGCAGCAGCAGCAGCAGCAGCAGCAACAGCCCCUGCUGCUGCUGAAGAUGCUUCUGCUGUUGCUGCUGCUGCUGCUGAUGGCCAGGGUCGUGCUGCAACAGCCCCUGCUGCUGCUGGUGCUGCUGCUCCUGCUGCAGCAGGAGCAGCAGCAGCUGCUGCUGUUGCUGUUGCUGGUGCAGCAAGAAAAAGUAUAAUGCAGCUAAAACCAGCAGAGAUAUCCAGUUCUGCUGCUGCUGCUGCUCCUGCUGCUGCUGCUGCUCCUGCUGCUGCUGCUGCUGCUUCUGCUGCUGCUGCUGCUGCUGUUGCUGGAGCAGCAGAAAGGGCAAGAGGAACCUUAAUAAUCAGAACCUCCUUGCUGCUGCCGGGGGGGGGCUCAAGAGCCAAGCAGCAGCAGCAGCAGCAGCAGCAGGAACAGCAGCAGCAGCAGCAGCAGCAGCAGGGGCAGGAACAGCAGGAGCAGCAACAGCAGCAGCAGCAGAAACAGCAGCCGUCACAAGAUGGCGAACAGCAGCAGCAGCAGCAACAACAACAGCAACCAUCAUCAGAAGGGGAGCAGCAGCAAGUGCCUGAGCUGGAACAGCAACAGCAGCAGCAGCAGCAGCAGCAGCAGCAGCAAAAGCAGCAGCAGCCGAUGCAGCAAGCUGUGGAGCCUUCAGAGGACCUUCAGCAGCAGCAGCAGCAAAAGAAAAAGAAGCAGCAGCAGCAGGAGAAGCAGCAGCAGAAGGAGCAGCAGCAAGAGAAGCAGCAGCAAGAGAAGCAGCAAGAGAAGCAGCAAGAGGGUCAGGAAGAGAAACUGCAGCAGCCGCAGCAGCAGCAGCAGCAGCAACAACAGCAGCAACAACAGCAGCAGCCGCAGCAGCAGCAGCAGGAACAAAAACAGAAGAAGCAGCAGCAGCAGCAGCAGCAAGAGCAGCAGCAGCAGCAGCAGCAACAGCAGCAGCAGAUGGAGCUACACGAUGAGGCACAGACACAAGUCAGAGGGGACAGCAGCAAACAGCAACAGCAGCAGCAGCAGCAGCAGCAACAGCAGCAGCAGCAGCAGCAAGAGCAGCAGCAACAGCAACAGCAACCACAAAUGCAGCAGCAGCAAGCCAACAGUGCAGCAGCAAGACGUAGAAGUUCUCUGGAGGCUGCUGCUGCUGCUCUUCAGGCAGCUGCUGCUUCUGCUGCUGCAGCAGCUGCAGCAGCAGCACGGGCUGAGGAGGCAGCAGCAGAAGGAGAUUCAGAUGCAGCAGCAGCAGCAGCAGCAGCAGCAGAUGGAGAUGAGUCCCUAGACAGGCUGCUGCAGGAGCUGGAUCUGUGGCAGCAGCAAGGAUCUACAGCAGCAGCAGCAGCAGCAGGAGCAGCAGCAGGACAAGACACAGAAGAGAGGAGACCUUCAGAGACAGCAGACGAAGCUGCUGCUGCUGCUGCUGCUGCUGCUGCUGCUGCUCCGAGAGAUAGCAUGGCUGUGUGGAUGGCAGCAGCAGCAACAACAGACCCUGAGCUGCUGGCGCUGCUGCAGCAGCAAGUGAACCCUGGGGGCCCGAGCUGGAGGACGGGCCGCUGCAGCAUAACGGAGAGAGAGCGGCAGCAGGUGCUGGCGGGGUUUGCUGCUUGGCAGCAGCAGCAGCAGCAGCAGCAGCAGCAGCAGCAGGAGCUGGAGUGUACAGGCACCAUAUUUCCUUGGGUAGAUAAACGCAGCAGAGAUAGAAUCAGCAGCAGCAGCAGCAGCAGCAACCUGCAGCGGUUGUUUGGCCCCCAACACCGCAGCAACAGCAGCAGCAGCAGCAGCAGCAGCAGCAGCAGCAGCAGCAGCAGCAGACGGUUGAUAUCUCGCCCUCAUAGUUGUGGUGUACGUACACUGCGAUCAGAUGUAUUACUGCAGCAGCGGCAGCAGCAAAUGCUGCAGCAGCUGCAGCAGCAGCAGCAGCAGCAAGAGGAGGGCGCUGAGCACCAGCAGCAACAGCAGCAACAGCAGCAACAGCAGCAACAGCAGCAGCAGCACCAGCACCUACAGCAGCAGCAGCACCACCACCACCAACAGCAGCACCAACAGCAGCAGCAGCAUCAGCAGCAGCAGCAUCAGCAGCAGCACCACCAGCACCACCAGAACCACCAGAACCAACAGCACCAGCAGCAGCAGCACCACCACCACCAACAGCAGCAGCAGCAGCAGCAGCAGCAGCAGCAGCAGCAGCAAGUGUGUGUGUGCGCAGGUGUUUAUAUCGUAUGA